GCGCGAAUCGUCCGGACGAUUCGCUUAUUCUCCACUAACAGUAAGUCAUAUAGUUUCUAAUGACAAGUGCUACAAGUAUUUUCGUUCUGAUCGCCUUGCCGUGGAUGACAGUUGCCACACAGGAUGUCAUCGUGGGUAAAUUGGAAAACGAUACAAUUGUACAAGAUCAAGGAUGUUCGAAUUCGGGUCAACGAUCGAUACCUCGGGACGAUUACGAAUGCUAUUAUUUUUUUAGGUAUUACGCGUGUCUGGGAUCGUACAGACUACAUACGCGUGGAAUGGCGUGGAACGACGCGCGUCACACCUGCGAACAAGAAGAUGGACACUUGGCGAUUAUUAAUUCAGCAGCGGAGGCUGCGACCUUGAUCCAAUUUUAUCGAAAAGUCGGAACGGCUAGUAUUAUUCACGCUGCGACGCAGGAAUUCGUCCAUAUUGGUUUUCACGAUUUGUAUGGCGAAGGAGACUUCGUCACUAUACACGGCGACAGUAUAUACAAGGCAGGAUAUUCUAACUGGGCAGGCGGACAGCCAGAUAAUGUUGGUAACAAUGAAAAUUGUGGCAGCCUUUACUUCGGGGGCGGAUUGAAUGACGUAAACUGUCAGAUGAAACUGGGUUUUAUAUGCGAAUUAAAAACUCGAGUCGGAUUUGAAUAGUCAGUCGACUCUCUGUAAGAUAGCGCGCAGGGGCCUGGUCGCGCUGUACAGGGACGGCGCUACAUUACGGGGUGCCCCUACCAGAGUCGGUAGACGAAUGUUUGACGGAGGCGGAAUAGAGAAAAGUCUGUGAGACGGAAAAGUGGGGGAAGCAUUCCCCUCGCGGUAAUACAGCCUAGAGAGGCGGUUGAGGGGAAACGCGAAAUUACGGAGCGCCUCUCUAGAGAGAGAGAAGCGCUGACGAUUGGUGUUAAUAAAAAAUUUAUUUUUAUAUCAACAAUUGAUAAUUCUUAUCAAUGCCGGAGCGGAACUUGUGCUGUUAAAAUAAAAUGUUUUAUCAAUGUCUAAUGAUUUUUAGGACUUUGUUUAGAUAUCAUCGCCAAGGGCUUUAUCAAAUUCUUGAAUUCGCCUUCGAGCGCUUAUCAUGGAAAAAUGAUUAAAAUAUUAAAUUUAUCAUGGACCAUUUGGCGCAUGCAGCCUCGUGGCCACGUGUAGAGUCUAGGGAAUUUAUUAUAAAUUUGUACUUCUUGCUUGCGAUGUUGAAUUAUUUCUCUUUUAUUAUUAUAAUAUAUUAAAGUACACUCAUAUCCUUCGAACAUAAAUACAAAUAUGCGCUGGUCUUUUUUUUUUUGAUGUCGAGACUCGAGAAAAAUUUUCAAAUCACGUCGAUUAUUCCUUUACUCAUUUUCGUUCACGCGCGUUCUUUGACGUGCUGGAAGAUUUUUGGAAAAUUUUCAUCCUUCCUCGCGCAGCCUUCGGUUCUGUUCGUAGAUCGUGGUUUUUAUUUCGAUUUAAAUAAUAUCUAGGUACAUUGGCAGCACUUUGUGUCAGCGCUGAUAUAAAUAUAUAAUUGGUCACAAAUAUAACACUUAGCAAUUAAUACUUUAACGCAAUUCUCAUUGACGCGUCAUAUCGCAAGAGCCUUGUUACUGAUAAUGACUUUUGGAUUGGUAGCCUCUGUGCGCGUGCUAGCUAGUCAUCUAAAGCUACAGGUUCCUCAAUUUUUCAUUUCACUUUCUUUAAAUGAAACACAGCGUUUUUGUUUUACACCGAUAGGAAAGUUUCUAUUCGUUUGUCCUUUAGAGUGAUCUGGCGGGAAAAUGUGACGAGUUUGAAAAAAAAAUCACAAAAUAAGUAUAACAAAAAAUUUUUUUUUAUUUAAAAAAAAUGGCCAAGGAUUACGCGUGAUCGCCACUGAAGUAGCUACUCUGCAUCAUGAAGAGCUUAUCGAUAGGAUUGUGCAUGGCAGCGUGCAAGCUUUGUGAUAAGGAUGGUGGGUCGUGGGAUGUUCCUCCGUGAUGAGAAUGGGAACCACCUUGAUGACUUCCGUCGGCUCCGCCACCUUCGCUCUCGCCAAUGUCGAAGCCAGCUUCCGUUCCGUCCAGGGACAGAUCGCUGCUGCAGAAACUUUCCCCGGAGUUUCCUGGAUAGGCGUCUGAAAAAAAAAUAUUUUGAAAACAAAAUUUUAUUGGCACUGUUUAUUGUCGAUUAGUCAAUUAUUAACAUACGCCAGUCUUUGGUCGAGAUAGAAUUUUGGGUUAUGUCGAAAAUAAGACAGAAACGAGGAAGCUUUUUUCAAAAAUAAAUGUCACUAGAUAUGUCGAA